AAACUUUAUUCACCUCAUCAACAUGAAAUUUUUUAUUGUCUCAAUGGCCAUUGUGGCAGUGGUGGCGGCCGAUGUCUCUCACUUGAAUCUCAGUCCGUUAGUUAAAAUUUUAAGACAGUCGUCGGACGUUGCACCGGAUGGUUCAUACAAUUAUCAUUACGAGACGGAAAAUGGAAUUUUCGCCGAAGAAUCUGGACAGCCGGGGGCAGUUGGACCCGAGGGACCGGCAGUUGUCGUGAAGGGAAGCUACAGAUACCUCGGCGAUGAUGGUGUUACCUAUGAGGUUCAUUAUCAGGCCGAUGAAAAUGGCUUCCAUCCAGAGGGCGCACACAUUCCGGCAGUUCCCGCCGCUAUUCAACGAUCAUUGCAAUUCAACGAGGCCCAUCCGGAAGUUCGAAUUCCUAAAGAAAAUUUUAAACCGACUACGGCAAAAUCCGCUCCUUUUCGGUUUUGAAGUGAUAUCUAAUUUUUAAUGAACUCUUUAUCUUCUCUACAUACUUUCCUCUGCUCAAUAAAAAAUAGUUUAGCAAAAAAAAAAAUUGAAAAGUUAGUUUUA